AUGCGCUUUGACUUCUCCUCUAGCCUCGCGGCGUUGGCAGCCUUUGCUUCAGCUUUGGUUGUCCCACCCAGGACCGAUGAACAAGUCAGUAUCGAGAACUCGAAGAAGCACGGCAACUAUGACCUUGAGCCGUCAGCAAAUUUCGCCUUCUCAGGCAUUACCACUUUUGCACAACUUCCGUCGGUGCAGUGCUUGACGGAAAGCGGACCGGUCGACGACAUCUUGAUUUUGGGGUUUCCCUUCGAUACAGCGACAUCAUACCGGACUGGCACGCGUUUUGGGCCAAACGCUGUCCGUCAGGGUUCCCGAGCGGCGUCGCUUGCUGGCCACUAUAACUACCGCCAAUCCAUUAACCCUUAUGAACAGAACAUAUCGGUGGUUGACUGCGGAGAUCUUCCGAUCUCGCCUUUCGACAACGGCCUAGCCUUUGCUCAGAUGGAAGAUUGGUAUAAACGGCUUCUCUGGAGAGAAGUCAAGUCUGCAGGGAAGGGCACAAGGUCUUCAGAGACUGGCCGGGUCCACCCCCAAAUUGUUGCACUUGGUGGCGAUCACAGCAUCUCGUUACCGAUUCUCAGGGCCUUAAACACCAUCUACGGAAAGGUGUCCGCCAUCCACAUUGAUGCGCAUAUUGAUACUUGGUCCCCCAAAGUGUUCGCAGGAGCCAACGCCGGUAGCAAACAGGCCGAGUACGCCGACGGUACACCAUACUAUUGGGCAGGCAUGGAAGGUCUGUUGUCCACCAAGAACGUCCAUGCCGGAAUUCGAAGCUCCCUAGACUCGGCGAAAGACAUGGAACUUGAUGAGGAAGUGGGGUUUACGACCAUUCCGGCCUCAGAUAUGCUGAAAAGGGAUGGCGUCUGGGGCGUCAUCGACAAAAUUCGUUCGAUUGUUCCUCAUGGGGAACCCGUCUACGUAUCCCUUGAUGUGGACAGUCUCGAUCCUGCCUUCGUCCCAGGGACCGCUGGUCCAGCUUCAGGAGGAUGGACUCCUAGGGAGAUCAUCCAAAUCAUCAUAGAUGGACUAGAAGGUCUGAAUAUUGUCGGCGUGGAUGUUGUGGAGGUGCUGCCAGCCCUGGAUCAGGCCGAGAUUACAGGCAUAGCUGCUGCCGAGUUCACUAUAGAGCUGAUUACUAGAUUGGUCAGAAACAGACUCAGUCUGUAA